CCAAAAUCUAAAUCUAAAUCAUCCACAAAUCAUCAAAAACCUAAACUUAUUUGAUUUUCAAAAAAAAUAAAAUAAUAAUAACCCAUAAAAAAAGGAUGUCCGACGAAGAGGUUCACUUCGAGUCCAAGGCUGAUGCUGGAGCAUCCAAAACUUUCCCUCAACAAGCAGGCACCAUUCGAAAAAAUGGAUACAUAGUCAUCAAGAACAGGCCCUGCAAGGUUGUUGAGGUUUCCACCUCAAAAACAGGCAAGCAUGGUCAUGCAAAGUGUCAUUUUGUAGGAAUAGACAUUUUUACUGGCAAAAAGCUUGAAGAUAUCGUUCCUUCUUCUCAUAAUUGUGAUGUCCCGCAUGUCACUCGUACGGAUUAUCAGUUGAUUGACAUUUCUGAAGACGGCUUUGUUAGUUUUCUGACCGAAAGUGGAAACACAAAAGAUGAUCUAAAGCUUCCCACCGAUGAAAAUCUGCUUACACAGAUUAAAGAUGGGUUUAGUGAAGGAAAAGAUCUUGUGGUGAGCGUUAUGUCGGCUAUGGGAGAAGAGCAGAUUAAUUCUCUCAAAGAUAUCGGCAAGAAUUAAACAUGUUAUAGUAGCUAGAUACCAAUAUAAUGUUUGAUGCUUAAACGUAGACUUUUAUUGUAUGGUAUCUGAAUGAUUUAGCUACAAAACGGUAUUUGUUUAUUAUUGUAUGUGAUAGAUAUAAAUUUGCAUAUUAGGAUUGUAGCGGUUCAAUCUUACUCUAUCUUUUAUAGAAUGUUGUAUUUUGCUUUAUUUUUGUGUUGUUAUCAUUCUUUUUUGUCACUUUUUGG